UUUUUCUUUGUAGUCUUUGAGGACUUUCAUUGAAGGUGAAUCAAUAAACGAAUCUUUUUAGGGCAGGUGGAUCGAUUCACUCAGUUCAAGCUACUGAUUCGUUCACCAAGAACAAAUCAUUGAUUCUCGGCCCAUCACUAGUCUGCGCAACUGGCUUCUUCACGCGACGGGGAGACGGGGCGAGGCGUGUCCGUCUCCGGUAGUAGCCUGCAGCAUUCCUCGUCCGCAUCACCCGCACGGCCUCGCGCCCUGCCGACCUGAGUCUGCGGAACCCUACUUCCUGUAAGCAUUGUUUCAAGAGAGAUGUGCACCGCAGACAAGUGAGACUUCGAUUAUCGAAUCGUACAGCAAUGCUGCAACGAGUGCAUUCGACGUAAUCAGCAGCGGAUGGUUGUUCAGCAUAUUUGACUUUCACGAUGUGUCCGACCAUGCACAACAGGGCGACGGAAAGCAUAGCGGACGACGUGCCCGGCCUGCGCAUUUUAAGCGUUUUCCAUCGAUGUAUCGGAUACUCGUUCUUUUCUUGGACCAAACGCGACGAGCGACACGUCGUUUCCUGCGAAACGAAGACCCCGUAUCUUCUUUACGCGUUGUGCUCCUGGGUGGUGUACCUGUUCGUGAUGGGACAAGACGCCUACUGUGUACUUCACGCGACGAACUCUUGUCGACCCCUCAGGAACAUUGAUAAAGUGGUGCUGUUCCUGUACUUCACUCGCUGCAUUGGGAUACAACUUGUGAACGCAUCUACGAUCCUCUUUUCUUCACCAAGGAUUCUCAAGAUGAUGCGGGCUGUGUACAAUUACCAACGCAAGCUAGACAGCAGUACGCGACUGCGUCGCUCGGCGUUUGUCAUCGUGCUUCUUAAUAUCUUGUUCUCAGUGGCGGCAGUUGUCGCUGUAGCUGGUGACAUCAUUGAAUUUCAAGGUUACAUGUCGUCGCUGUACCUGAAGAUCAUUUACGGCGUAUACAGCUUCUUGUUCGUUGAAACUACUUGCAUGGUGUGUUUCUCCUGGGUCAUGUACUUUUCCAAACUGUUCCACGAAUUCCUCCGGCAGAGAAAUCAGGAAAUCGACUCUCUCCUGCGCGCGCCUGAUGUUGAACUGAGACGUUUGGAAGAAAUGCACAUGAAACAGUGUUACCUAUACGAGAGCUUUCAAGAAUGCAACGCCAUAUUUCAUGUCCCUUUACUCAUAGGGGUUCCCCUGUGCAUAAUGAACGCUACACCGUGGGCAUACUAUCUACUCAUUGCAUCCAACAAUUUCGAGAGGCUUCGAGACGCAAUUGGAUUUGCAGCAAUGCUUGCUGAGAUGUUAGUCCUUGGACUUUACGCAAGAGCUGCUGACACAGAGGCGAAGAAGACGUGGCAGGUUUUGACGAAGCUCCUCGUCUCGCACGAGCACCCUCCAGAAGUCAGGCAUCAGAUUGAGCAGUUUCGUCACACUUGUCAAAACCAAGACUUCACCUUUUCUGGCUGCGGGUUCUUCACGGUCGGGCCGCCGCUCAUCGUCUCGAUUGCAAGCGCCAUCAUUACGUACACGGUUAUCCUGUACCAAUCGGACAGCACAGCUUCUGCAGCCCUGAGCAGCGCCAGCGGUUCUAACAAUGCAACGGGCAUGUAGAGCAACGGACGCAGUGCACAUAAGCCAGACAAGAAGACGAGAACCUUGAUUAACAACUCGUUCGGCAAGUCACUUGAGCACGCGAUCCACUACUCCUCAGUUUACCACAACUCAAUAGUAGCGCUCAACUCGCACAACUCAAGCAGCGCACAACUCAAUGCGCCUUUUUGUGACAACUGCCAUUUCUGCAUAAGUGUCACAAAAAGGCGUACGCCUCCUGUUUUCAACAAAUCAGGGCAGAGAACGAUGUCACAUAGGCUGAUGGUUGGCUAGGAGCAUGCUAUGUAAUGAAGUUCAUCUUUAAGAGUAUGGUGUGACGGACUAUUCCUAGAAACACACACAUACAGGAAAGUAUAAGACUCACGGAGUGAAAACUGGGGGGGGGGGUCGAAACGCAUGCACCGCACGACACUUGUACGAGUGACUGCAUGCACUUAAGGGAUCACUAACCGUGUAUUCACGCGAGCGACAUCUCGAGGGAAUAUUCUAGUGGAUGAAUAAGAAAGAAAUGCUUACGGGGCGGAAGUCCCGCCGCGUCUUACGUUGAGCGUUCGCACGGCACCACGGGAUAUCAGGAGUGGCGCACUACGCGCAUAGCAGACGACACCAUCGACACUGUCGUCUGCUACGAAAUAUCUUCUGCUUCCCCUGAUGUAUUCUCAGGAUUUUUGAUUGUGUGAAUACACGGUAGGUGUCACCUUCACGCAAACACAAACGUGAUUCAUCAGUUGCGUCAAUCGUGAAUGAUGAGCGAAAGAAACCGCAAUUACAGCCUGCCCUCUCCCUCUCCUUCUCAAGAAGCGCGACAGUGCGGACGGGUCUCAGAUUGGUUUCCUGAAACGAUCUCCCGCGAUGAUUAGACAAAUCGUUUCAGGAGACCAAUGAGAGCCCGUUCCGCAAUGUCAGCCUUCUUGAGAAGGAGAGUGAGAGGUGGUGGUAGUGCUGAAAGAGCCCGCCAUUGUCGGCCUCACAGAGGGGAGGCAACGUCACUACUAACGCUCUGGGAAAUGUGGGAAUGUCUGGGAAAUGUCUGGGAAAAACGCUUCUAAGCGAACCGUGCCGACAUAUGUCUAACAGUGUCUGAGAAAAUUUUUUCUCAGACACCCAGAGAAGAAGCCCAGAAAGCCUCAGAAGCCCAGGAAAAAGCGCAGACAGCACAGCCGGCACCAGCAUUCGAACCCGGGUACCUCUUGGGUUCGAAUCAGGGAGAGGGAAAGGGUGCACUGCGGUUUCUUCCGCUAAUCACGAACGACGCAACGGAUGACUUCUGUGCCUUUCGUGUCGGUGUCAAGGUAACGCCAUCUUUCAUCCCGCGAGGAGUGCAACGUAACGUAAGUUUGCCACGUAACAUUGUAGCAGAGCAGAGUGAAGCUGACGCUGACAUUUGCUUGUAGAGCACGAAUUAUAACAACUCACGCAGCUCCUUCAUUAUUCCUACUUAGUGCGCUGUCGUCGCAUUCUGAUGUACCACUUUAUUGAGCCUCUUAGGAAAAUGUACUUCGUUUUUAUUCGCCUAUGUGAUUACACACCAUUCUUCACUGGAAAAAUAAAAGUUUCAGCACACAUCCUUAUAUUUC